AAACUCUUUAUAUAAAUACAAAGUGAUGAUGAGAACCAAAAACUCUACCUCUCUUUUCCUUCUCUAUGUAUAUAUAUAAAUAUAGAAGAAAUAGUUAAUAGGUGAGAUUGAAUCAAAAUUAAAAACCAAAUAAUGGGGAGACAUGAAGAUCCAAUCCCUCAAAAUCCAAAUUUAUAUCCUGAAGAACUUCAACUUAAAUUAUAUCAGGCUUUUAUAUUUUCAAUCCCAAUUUUGUUUUCUAUCAUUUUGUUUCUUUUGUUUUAUCUGUUUUAUCUCAAGAGAAGGGCCAAUUACAAUGAUCAGUCCUCACAGCCUUCCAGAUUUCAGCAAUCACCUCAUCAUUCUGUCUCUUUCAUCUCCCCACCAUGGAGUCUUGGGAUGAAAGGAGAGUUGAAAGACAAGCUUCAAAUAGUCUUAUUUGAUGAAGAAUUAAGCGCAAAGGAUACAAUAUGUUGUGUUUGCUUGGGAGAGUUCGAGUUAAAAGAGGAACUAAGGCAAUUGACAUCGUGCAAACACGUGUUUCAUGGUGAUUGCAUCCGCCAUUGGCUACGAACAAAUGCCACGUGUCCACUUUGCAGGUGCCAUGUCAUACCUGCACUAAAAUUGGGCCGUCCUAUAGGGCUUGGGCCAGGCUAUUCAAACAAUGACAAUGGAAUUUACAAUCCUACUCCGCAAUAUGAGCAAGAAAAUGGUAGUAGUAGUAGUAAUAAUUCAGAACUAGAUAACUCUUCAAGAUCAGAUGAACAUGUAAUCCAAAUUCAUGAUGAGUCAUCUUCUAGUAAUACUUCAUAAAUGCCAAAAAUUUAUAUUACGUUCGGACGUAAAAAAGAUACCAUAUAUAUAUAUAUUUAAGCAAGAUAUCGCAUAUAUAUUUAAAUAAUAAGACUAUAACAUGAGUACCUUAAAAACAGAGAAUAUGCUUGUGGAGAGAUAUCAAUUGGAUGACUAGUGAAAGUAUAAUUGGUAUAUGCUUAAUGAUGGUAUCUCACAUGAUUGUGAUGGAACAUACUAAAUUAAUUAGCUAACUAGCAUUUUAGUCCAUAGGGGAACAAGGUUGACACAAAAUUUUGUAGCCUAGGAUGAUAAUGUAAUGUAUGAAUAGAUGAAAUGAAUAACUUUUUGGGCUUAUCCAAUAUCCAUUGUAGGUGUACUUCAUUUCUUACUUUGAUGAUCAAGAAUAAUUAAGGGAAUCAUUUUGUAAAGAAAUUAAACUUAUUCACCCUAAUGAAAUUAAAUACAAUCAUU